UUUGGGAUGCCUUUUGCUUUGGGGGGUUUGUCUUUGGCCAUGGUGCGUAGUCUGACCGACAGUGAUUGCGAUGAUGGUGACGAGAGUCUGGCCAUUAUGUUCCUGUCCUGGCUCACCCAAACGUUCUUCGUCAUGAGCUAGACGCACAGGCCACUUUCUUAGCGCAAUGCCCAGACUUUUUGUCUCUACGCCCUGGCCAGCUUCUCAACAGCACCUCACGGCAGCAGCAACAGCAGCAGUCACCUCCAUCAUCGCGUUCUUUCGUGUAUUCACGAAUUGUCCGCUAAUUGCCUCCUCUCUGUAGACCCUCCUCACCCCGGCUCGCCUACUUGACGCGACUGCAGCCGCUUUGUUCGCCAGCCUUACGCGCGACACAGCUACCAACUCAACAACUCUCUCACCUCACCUCCGCCAUCUAACCAUUCAUCAUGUCUCACGAGGAGGACCUCAUCGACUACUCCGACGAGGAGAUCCAGCCCACCGAGGCGCCCGCGAACGGCGGCGCUGCUGCGACCAAGGGCGGCCUCACCGCUGGUGACGCUGUCGGCGACAAGAAGGGCAGCUAUGUCGGCAUCCACUCCACGGGCUUCCGCGACUUCCUUCUGAAAGACGAGCUCGUGCGAGCAAUCACGGACUGUGGCUUCGAACAUCCUUCCGAGGUCCAGCAAGUUACCAUCCCCCAGGCGAUUCUCGGAAACGACGUCAUCUGCCAGGCCAAGUCUGGUCUCGGAAAAACGGCCGUCUUCGUCCUUGCUACCCUGCAACAACUCGACGAGAAGCCAGAGAAUGGCGUCGCAACCAUCUUGGUCAUGUGCCACACUCGUGAACUGGCCUACCAGAUCAGGAACGAGUACAACCGCUUCGCCAAGUUCCUGCCCGAAGUCAAGGUCGGUGUCUUCUACGGCGGUACUCCUGUUCAGAAGGAUAUCGAACUUCUCAGCAACAAGGACACGCACCCCCACAUCAUUGUCGGCACACCCGGUCGUAUCAAUGCCCUCGUCCGCGACAGGCAUCUUCGCCUUUCCAACCUGAAGCACUUCGUUUUGGACGAGUGUGACAAGAUGCUGGAUCAGCCUGACAUGCGCAAUGAUGUGCAAGCCAUCUUCCGCGCUACGCCCGCUCACAAGCAGGUCAUGAUGUUCUCAGCCACGCUGUCCAAGGAGAUCCGCGAAACCUGCAAGAAGUUCAUGCAGGCACCUCUCGAGAUCUACGUCGAUGACGAGAAGACGCUGACACUCCACGGUCUUCAACAAUAUUACAUGAAGCUCGACGAGCGCGAGAAGAACAGGAAGCUCAACGACCUUCUUGACACCCUCGAGUUCAACCAGGUCAUCAUCUUCGUCCGUUCAACCCUUCGCUGCACCGAGCUCGACAAGCUCCUCCGCGAGUGCAACUUCCCCAGCACUGCUGUCCACUCUGGUAUCAGCCAGCCGGAACGUAUCCAGCGCUACAAGGAGUUCAAGGAGUUCCAGACCCGUAUCUGCGUCUCGACUGAUAUCUUUGGCCGUGGUAUUGAUGUUGAGCGUAUCAACGUCGCCAUCAACUACGACAUGCCCGACAAGGCGGACUCAUACCUCCACCGAGUCGGUCGUGCUGGUCGUUUCGGAACCAAGGGUCUCAGUAUCUCCUUUGUGAGCAGCCCCGAAGACGAGGCAGUCCUCAAGACCAUCGAGGAGCGCUUCGAGGUGUCGCUUCCUGAGUUCCCCGAGGAGGGUGUCGACUCUGGCACCUACAUGGACAACUAGGCGAGCGACGACUUGAGUCGGGGCCGAUGGAGGAACCAUGUCGAAAAUGCGGGACAAGAUCUCUCGAUGGUGGGGUUCUCGCUUUGUGACGAAGAAAAAAUGUAAGCACGGCGUAGGUGGUUUUGACUUUGAUAUGGUUCUUGUACUUUAGCCCG